GUAGCACCCUGCUCUAGCCUCCGGGUUGGGAAAUUUUGUGUCUUCCUCCCUAAUAUUUUCCCUAGAGAGCAGGAAGGGGUGUAGAAGGCAGAGAAGGUUGCAAACCCCAACGUGCUGCUGCAAAAAUGCCUCUGAGGUCAUCUUGCAUUCUCCCUGUUGAGAGGAUUGUCCCAUUUUGGUGCAUGGGUCUGGGAGUGGGGUGGCACCAAGCCAGCUGCCCUCCCUUCCCAUCCCUUCCCUCCCUCCUGAGAUCAUUUUCCUGUGGAUCUGGAGGGUCCUGUAUUGGAGUGAGGGCUUCAUAGUCAGCAUCACAAGCACUGAGAGUUCUGAAGGUGGAUUGAUUCACUGUGGGGGGUUGGUCGAGGAAGAGGAAGAGGAGGAAGGGAGGAAGACGCUCUGCAGUGUGCCCAUCACUGGGGUGUCCCGGCAGCGAGAUGCCGUGGGAGCGCACACUGCGGCUGCAGCCCGGGAGCCGCAUCCAUGCACUGUGUGUGCUGGGCACCCACAUCGCCACCGACGUCUAUGGGGCAGCCCCAGCUGGGGCAGUCGCCUUUGGGGUGAAGCACACAGAGGGGGUGAACGUGGAGGUGGCUUUUCGGGGCCAAGCUGAGCCAGGACUACUGCCUGGUGUGUCACACUGGCCACUGAAUGAGGGGGCAGUGCUGAGGUUCAGCAUGAACCGGGCCAGCACUGAAGUCAAUGACAAUAAGGUAAUUGUCAUCUUCUAUGCAGAGGGAGGACAGCCCAUUGACCAAGCCAGGGUCUUCCUCACUGGCAUUGGGAUCUCCCUGGACGUCGACGCAGAUCGAGAUGGCAUGGUGGAAAAGAACAACCCCAACAAGGCCAGCUGGACAUGGGGACCUGAGGGACAUGGGGCCAUCCUGCUGGUCACCUGCGACAGAGACAGCCCCUUGAGCCCUGCCCCAGAUUGUGACGAUGAAAGGGUAUUCAGCAAAGAAGAUUUGCUGGAUAUGUCUCGGAUGGUGUUACGGAUCGAAGGGCCACAGCAUCUGCCCCGGGGAUAUGAAAUUGUGCUCUACGUUCACAUGUCUGAUGCUGACAAAGUUGGGGUCUUUCAUAUGCAGAACCCGUUCUUCGGGCAGCACUAUGUCCACGUGUUGGGCAGGAGGAAGCUGUGCCACGUUGUGCAAUAUACCGGUGGAGCUGCUGAGCUUGAGUUCUUCGUCGAGGGGCUGCAGUUUCCUGAUGAGACCUUCCCUGGGCUGAUCUCCAUCCACGUCAGCCUCCUGGAGACCUUGGCUGAGGGAAUCCCCCUGUCGCCAAUUUUCACUGACACAGUGGUGUUCAGGGUAGCACCAUGGAUCAUGAUGCCCAGCACGUUGGCACCGGAGAAUGUCUUCGUCUGCAGUGUGAAGGACAACUACCUCUACAUCAAGGAGAUCAAAAACCUUGUCAACAAGGCUGGCUGUGACCUGAAGGUUUGCUUUGGCUACAUCAACCGUGGGGACCGCUGGAUGCAGGAUGAAAUCGAGUUUGGCUACACCCAAGCCCCCCACAAAAGCUUUGCAGUGGUGCUGGACUCCCCCCAGGACACAGGGCUGGAGCAAUUCCCCAUAAAGGAGCUGCUGGGCCCUGAUUUUGGCUAUGUACGCAGAGAGCCUCUCUUCAAGGCCAUCUCCAGCCUUGACUCCUUUGGCAACUUAGAGGUGAGCCCACCUGUCACUGCAGCGGGGAAGGAGUAUCCACUGGGAAGGAUCCUCAUUGGCAGCAGCUUCCCCACCCCUGCAGGAAGGAGAAUGACCAGAGUGGUACGGGAUUUCCUCUUCGCCCAGAAGGUGCAGGCUCCUGUGGAACUCUUCUCUGACUGGUUGGCCAUGGGCCAUGUCAAUGAGUUUGUCACUUUUGUGCCCAGCCCUGAUGCAAAGCGAUUUCGGAUGCUGAUGGCCAGCCCUGCAGCAUGCUACAAGCUCUUUCGGCAGAAGCAGAAGGAGGGUCUGGGUGAAGCAACUAUGUUCAAAGGGUAUUCAGGGACAGACACAAAACGGGUGACCAUUAACAAGGUCCUUUCCAAUGGCAUCAUGAUGCAGCAGAAUCAAUAUGUCCAGCGCUGUAUUGACUGGAACAGGGACAUCCUCAAGAAAGAACUGGGCUUGACAGAGGAAGACAUCAUUGACGUUCCAGCCCUCUUCAAGCUCGACAAGGGCAAGGCCAUGCCAUACUUUCCCAACAUGGUCCCCAUGCUCAUCCUGUCCAAGGAGCUGGGUAUCCCGAAGCCCUUUGGGCCGCUGGUGGGAGGCGAGUGCUGCUUGGAGCACCACGUCCGCAGCCUCCUGGAGCCGCUGGGCCUGCGGUGCUGCUUCCUGGAGGACAUCUCGUCGUACCACGGGCGGCUGGGGGAGGUGCACUGCGGCACCAACGUCCAGCGCCGGCCCUUUGCCUUCCGCUGGUGGCACGUCACCCCCUAGGCAGGCUGCCCCUAUGGCCCGCUCUGUCAGCAUGUGUUGUUUUAAAUGCGGUGAACUAAUAAAUUUGCUGUGAGAAAUGA